CUUAAAAACAUACAUUCUAAACGUUUAUGAUACAAUUUUUAUAAGGAAUUAACUUGAUUUUUGAUCCAUUAAAAAACCUGGUUGGUGAACGAGUACGGUUGAACCUUGAAUAUCUGUCCCUUGCCUUGGGAUUUACUUUCUCAAACAGCGGCGUUACAUUCUAAAAAACCAAAGCUGUUGUGCGGCACGUCGUGUGAAUGAACACACUGCACACACACACAAAAAAAAACGGUAACUUGCUCUGAUUCCCAUGAUCUGAGGAGGACACCCACUGAAAGUGAAACAACCGUACAAAAAUGGCAGAAUGGAAGUAUGAUUUGGCCCUUGUCAACACGCUAACCGACAAGAAGAUUAGAGAACAGACAUGGUACAAGGAAAGAUUAAAAACUAAAUUCAUCAAAGGCAAGAAGCGAGGAGAUGUUUCUAAGACUCUUGAAGGUGGGCAAUGGACGUUCCUCCUCCAUGGUCUGGAUGACUUUAGAGAUGGGCUUCCUCCAGAGGUAGACGGCUCUAUUGUAGUCAAGGGCAGCAAGCAACAAAUCGAGCCAAACAUCAAGGGAGACACCAAGUUGAAGUACCCCGAACCAAAGUCUGUCAACCGUCACCGCUUUACGGAGGAGGAAGUAGCCUACCUUCGUACUCUACCCUUACAGCAGCAACGGAGAGACCACAUUAAUGAGAUGGAGUAUGGUCUACUGCAGCAUCCUCUUGCUCUGUAUCCACAUCUUGAGGAGAGCAUGCCACCCGAUAUAUUUGAGGAUGUUGUAGAAAUUUUAGAUCCAGAGAUGAACCUUGACAGCGAGGCUGGAGAGGAUGACUUUGAGGAACAAUUCACCAACUCCUAUCAAGAGACAGAUCCAUCGGAAGAUAAGAACAGACCAGCCUCAGGUUCAUCCGAUGGAUCAUCAAAUGAAUCCAAAGUUCGGAAUCCUUAUCGAUGGCUUCCUCGUAAGGAAGAACAACAAAAAGAAGAUCGUAAGCAAACCCGUCGGAGAAGUGACUCUCCAUCUCAAGACGAACACAUCAAGAAUGUCACCAAGGAUUUCUGCAGCUGGGUCUCUGGCCUCGGCGGUGACAGCAACAAUGUAGAGGAGUCCACGAUUCAUAGUUUAUUCGCGAGCGGUUACGAGACAAAGCCAGCGCUCUCGGUUCCGAUUCACGUAGUGGAACUCACCAAUGUGCCGCAGGAGUUGAGGAUGUCAGCGACAGUGUCCCAAGAAGAGAUGCCAACGCAGACGCUAGAGCAGGUGGAGAAAACUCAGAAACAGCUGUAUGGUGAUUACCAGCCAAGCUGGGUGAAGAUGAACUACGGUGCCUGGUACCUUCCUCCAAAAACUUGGAGCAGACGGCGAAAUGACGAGCCUUUAGAAGAUCCACAACAGAUUAAAGAUAAAGAAAUGUCUGAGUCCAAGAAGAAGAGUCUAAGUAUGGAUGAGCAGUUAGCGCCUCUACAUGGCUCAAAAUCAUUCAAAGAGUUUGUUGAGAAGAAGGGAACCCGCAAGCCAGAGUUCCUAGACAGGGUAUCCCAAUUCCAAGCUCAGGCAGAGGCUGAGGAGCUAGCCGCAGCGAGGUCAGAGAGAGGUCGAGAGAGUUCAAGAGAUGUUGACGCCAAGUGAUUAACCCACCAAUCAGAAAACACCUGUGCAAUAUGUUAUUUUAUUUUUAUUUAAUGAAAAAUAUGUAGAUUAUCAGCCCUGAUACAUCACGGAGGCAACGAAGGCGAUUGCCUCCAUGCCCCCUGGUCAUUGUCUUGGUGCCCUUGAAAUGCUCCAGUAGA